UAUUAUUAUUUAUUUAUGAAGAAAAUUGUUAAAUAGGUACAAUUUGUUUUUUAAAAAUGAUGAAAAACUUGAAAAUCGUGGCUUCACAAAAUUUAUUGUUGCCCAACCGUUUAAUAAAACCAACAAAGAAACAAAGCAAGAUAGAAGAAAACGAUUGGUUAUUAGUUGCUACAAAUUGGUAUUUUUGGAUUUAUACAUGGACAUUAAUGGUAGUUGCAAUUAUUGGUUUAGGCGCSACAAUUAUGCUAAUGGUUGUCUUACGAUUCACUACUAGAAUGGAGAGUAUAGAGUUUUUAACUGACAGUGAUCUGACUAAACUUAUGGGCAAUAUAGAUUUAGAUGAUAUAUAUAAAGUUGAUGGCAUUAUGGAAGGGUUUAAAGACAUACCAUUAGAAAUUAUGAGUGAAAAUGACAAUAUACUUGUACAUGUUGUCAACCCAGAAGAYAAAAGUUUGGAAUCAGCAAUCGAACUU